UUAGCUGCAGGUUUUUCUGCUCCAUGUCUGGAUUCUUUGGGUUACAGUGAGAAGAAGUUUCCUUGUUGCUGCUGUUGGGAUGGUGACCCUGUUUCACCGCCAGGACUUCAAUAAAGUGGACAGUUAGAAGUGAAAGAGCUUCAGCUGCUCAGAGCAGCGGCUCAGGUUCCUCCUCUAAUUAUCCAAUCAGCAGGCGGCUCCAGGUGUUCAGCAGCUUUAUCAUCCUCAGGUGAGGCGGCAGUCUGCAGCAGCUUCCAGCCGCUCUUCGGUGCUUCCCGGCGGGCAGAGAGCAGCGCAGUGGACCGGAGCAUGUCGGCGGUUAACAGACGGAUGACGAUGGCCUGGGUUUGGCCCGCUUUGGUGCUUCUAGCCCGGCUCACCACGGCAGAGGAACCGCGUCGGGACGCACACGGGGCUUUGGCCGGCUCCAAGGCGCUGAUCUCGGACUCCGAGCCGCCGAUGGAGACCCGCAGCGGGGGAGGCCUCCUGCCGGUGCUGGUGUGGAAGUUUGUGAAAGAUGCUGCAGAUGCAUCAGAUUUGGGCCGACCGCAGUUUCUCUGCAGCGACACGUCACUCUCUGUUCGCUUGUCGCUCAUCCGAUACUCUGACCUGCAUCUGCAAGAUGGGAGGAGGUUGGCGUGGCUGCAGCAGGGAUGUGAUGGUUCUGUUGGGACCGUGGGGCCGUGGCUGCUGCUGAAGCUGCCUUACACCAGCUGCCAUGUGACGUCACAGGUUUCAAAUGGAACGUGGUUCCACCAGUUGAAGCUGCGUUACUUCGACCACCUGCUGCGGGAGAACAUGACGGCUGUGGUCGCCUGUGAGGAUCCUGCAACGUGGACCCUGCCGGCGGUGAGCUGCAGGAGCACAGAAGUGGCUGUGAAACUGCCUCAGGGAAGCAGACUGCAGAAGGUGAAGGCUCUGGGGAAAGAUGUGGUGGUUGGGAGGGUGCAGACCACCACUACUCCAGGGCCAGUGUUGGUGCAGAUCUCCACACCGGCAGACAAGGACUCCAUGUUUGAAGUGAACUAUUUGGACUCGGCUGGGGAGAUGUCCAUGAUGCUGGCGGCUUGUUUCAGUGCAGCCAGAGGAGAUGGGCGGGAUCGUCAGCGCAGAGCUCUGCAACACCAGGACCAGAGGGACUGGGUGGUGAAUCCUCGUCAUUGGCACAAUGUGGAACCCCGACAGGUGAGAGGGGAAACUGAAACGGUGGAACCUCCACGUGAUGACGAGACCACGACAGUCACGGUUAUUCCUGUAUUCGCACCAGUCAUUUAUGAUGAUUCAAUAAUCUAUGAUUUGUGGGGAUUCUACGACAUUCCAGACGGGCCAUAUUCAGAAGACGAAAUCGCAAAUUCUCCUUCAUCAACCACGUCUGAGGAUCCAAAUACCACACACAGAGUUUCCACAGCCCCACAGCCAAUGACCACAUCCAGUGCCUUCACCACUACUCAGCCGAUGACGACAUCCACAGCCUCAUCGACCAGGCAACCAGCAACCACAGCCAGAGCGUCAUCGUCCACUCAGCAGAAAACCACGUCCAGUGCAUCAUCAACAACAACCUCCAGUACCUCCACAAUGCAGCCAAGGACCACAUCCAAACCCUCCAUGAGCACUCAGCAGACCACUGCAUCUACAACUAUUGAGACAACAACCACAUACAGGGCCUCUACAGCUAUGCAGCCAAUGAUCAGAACCAGUGACUUCACCACUAUGCAGCUGGCACCCACAUCCAGAGACUCCACGACCAGUCAUCAGGCAUCCACCAUAUCUACAACCACCCAAGCAAAAACCACAUCUGCAUCUACACAGCCAACAACCACAUCCAGAGCGUCAUUGCCAAUACUCAGCACCUCCACAACCAUGCACGCAAUGGCCACAUCUACAACACCUGUGACCACAAUCACAUCCAGACCCUCUAGGCCUCAAGUCUCAUCAAACACGCAGUCAACAAUCACAGCCAGAUUGUCACUGAUGACUCAGCAGAAAACCAUGUCUACUGGAUCUACGAUGACUCAGACAACAACCACAUCGGCUUCUACACAGACAACAACAUCCAGCACCUCUACAACCAUUCAAUCAAUGACCAAACAUAGCACAUCUACAACUGGGCAGCCAACAACAACAUACAGAGACUCAUCAACCACUCGGCAGAAAACCACAUGCAGCAGAUCUACAACCACUCAGUCAAAAAACACAUUCAUAUUAACACAGCCAACUGCAACAUCCAGGGCCUCAAUGGCCACUCAACCAAGGACCACAUCUGGGUCUUCCAUGACCACUCAAAGGACAACCAUAUCCAGUGCAUCUACGACUAAGCAGCUGAGGUCAACAUCAAGAGCCUCCACAACAGCUCAGCAGGAAACAGCAUCCAGUACACCUACAACCACUCAAGCAAGGACCACGUCCACUCAUAAGACAGCCACAUCCAGUGCAUCUACGACUAUGCAACAGAGAUCAACAUCUAGCACCUUCACAACAGCUCAGCAGGGAACAACUUCCAGCUCAUCCACUGAGCAGACAACCACAUCCACCAGAACUCAGAUUACUCAAGAGACAACUACAUCUACACAUCCACCAAGCACAUUCGACAAGUCAUUGGCCACUCAGCCAAAGGAUACAUCCAAAUUCUCAAAUUCCACUCAGACCACCAGAUCCAAUGCAACUACAAUGACACAGCUGAGGUCAACCUUCUGUGUCUCCACAACAGGUCAGCAAGCAACAAUGUCCAGUUCAUCUAUGACCACACAGCCAAAUACCACAUCUGGAUUCUCCACAACCACUGAGCAGACAACCACAUCCACCAGAAGUCUGAUGAUUCAGGAGACAACCACACCGACAUCUGCAAAGCCACGAAGCACAUCCAGUGUGUCUUGGACCACUCAGGAGACAAACGCAUUCACCGGACCUAUGAACACUCAGCCAAGGACCACAUCUGGAUCCUCCAUAUCCACUCAAAAGACAACCAUAUCCAGUGCACCUACAUCUAUGCAGCUGAGGUCAACAUCCAGCAUCUCCAUAACAGCUCAGGAGGCAACAGCUUCCAGCGUAUCCAUGAACACAAAGCAGACAACCACACAUGCAUCUACACAGCCACCAAGCACAUCCAGUGUGUCACUGACCACUCAGCAGAGAACCACAUUCACUGGAUCGAUGAUUGCUCAGCCAAGGUCCACAUCUGGAUCUUGCACAGCCACUCAGCCAACAACCACUUCCAGGUCAUCAAUGGCCAUCUGGCCAAUGAUCACAUCCAGAUCCUCCACGUCCAGUCAACCAUCAACCACAUCUAGUGCCACCAAGUCCCCUCAGCAGGAAACCACCUCCAUCAUGUCUACAAUUACUCAAGCAACAACUACAUCUUCAUCUGCACAGUCAACAACCACAUCCAACACACCAGUGAUCACUCAGCAGAGAACCACAUUCACCGGAUCUAAGACCACCCAGCCAAGGACCACAUCUGGAUCCUCCACAUCCACUCAACAGACAACCAUAUCCAGAGCAUCUAUGAUCAUUCAGCCAAGGACCACAUUUGGAUUCUCAACAGCCACUCAAGCGAUAGCCACAUCCAGUGCACCUACAACUACACAAAUGAGAUCAACAUCCAGCGCCUCCACAUCAGCUCAGGAGGCAACAACUUCCAGCACCUCCACAACAGUUCAGCAGGCAACUACGUCCAGUACAUCCACAAUCACUGAACAGACAACCACAUCCAACAGAUCUCUAAUCACUCAGGAGAUGACUACAUCUGCAUCCACACAGCCACCAAGUACAUCCAGUGGGUCAUUGAUCACUCAGCAGAGAACCACAUUCACCAGAUCUGAGAGAACUCAGCCAAGGACCACAUCUGGAUCCUCCACAUCCACUCCAAAGACAACCAUAUUCAGUCCACCUACAACUACACAGGUGAGAUCAACAUCCAGCGUCUCCACAACAGCUCAGCAGGCAACAACUUCCAGCGGAUCCAUGACCACAAAGCAGACAACCACACAUGCAUCUACACAGCCACCAAGCACAUUCAGUGUGUCAUUGACCACUCAGGAGAGAGCCAGAUUCACUGGAUCAACGGUUGCUCAGCCAAGGUCCACAUCUGGAUCUUGCACAUCCACUCAGCCAACAACCACUUCCAGGGCAUCAACAACCACUUGGCCAAUGAUCACAUCCGGAUCCUCCACGUCUACUCAACCAUCAACCACAUCUAGUGCCUCCAAAAACUUUCAGCAGGCAACCACCUCCACCAUGUCUACAAUUACUCAAGCAAUAACUACAUCUUCAUCUGCACAGUCAGCAACCACAUCCAGUGCAUCAAUGUGCACUCAGCAGAGAACCAUAUUCACUGAAUCUAAGGCAACCCAGUCAAAGAGAAUAUCUGGAUACUCCACAUCCACUCAACAGACAACCACACCCAGAGCAUCGAUAAACAUUCAGCCAAGUACCACAUCUGGAUUCUCAACAUCCACUCAAAAGACAGCCAUAUCCAGGGCACCUAUGACUACGCAGCUGAGGUCAACAUCCAGCGCCGAGCAGGCAACAACGUCCAGUGCAUCUACAACCUCUCGGCCAAGGACCACAUCAACUAAAGAGACAAUCGCAUCCAGUGCAUCUACAACUAUGCAGCUGAGUUCAACAUCUAGUGCCUCUUCAACAGCUCAGCAGGUAACAACUUCUAGCGCAUCCACAACCACAGAUCAGUCAACCACAUCCACCAGAACUCAGGUUACUCAAGAUACAACCAAACCUACAUCUGCACAGCCAUCAAGCCCAUACAGCAUGUCACUGACUACUCAGCAGAGGACCACAUUCACUGGAUCUAAGACCACUCAGCCAAGGUUCACAUCUGGAUUCUUGACAUCCACUCAAAAGACAACCACAUCUAGUGUAUCUUCGACUACGCAGCUGAAGUCAACAUCCAGCACCUCAACAACAACUCAGCACUCAACCACCUCCAGUGCCUACAUGACCACUGAGCAGACAGCCACAUCCACCAGAUCUCCCACCACUCGGGAGACAACUGCAUCUGUAUCUGUAUCCACAUUGACAAUGCAACAGAAGACCACAUUCAUGGGAUCUAUGACCACUCAGCCAAAGGACACAUACGAAAUCUCCACUUCCACUCAGACGACGACUACAUCCAGAUCCUCCACGUUGACUCAACUGGCAACCUUAGCCAGUGCAUCUCGGAUGACUCAGCCAAGGACCACAUCCUUAUCCUCAACAUCCCCUCGACAGACAACCACAUCCAGUGAAUCUAGAACAACUAAAUCAAUUACCAUGUCCACUCAAAAGACCACUACAUCCAAUGCAUGUCAAACCACUGAGCCAAGGACCACAUCUGGAUCAUCGAUAUCCACUCAAAAGACAAUCAUAUCCAGUGCACCUACAUCGACACAGCUAAAGUCAACAUCCAGUGCCUCCUCAACAGCUCAGCACGCCACCAUGUCCAGUGCAUCUACAACCAUUCAGCCAAGGACCACAUCUGGGUUUUCCACGACCACUCAAAUGACAACGAUAUCCAGUGCAUCUACAACUAUACAGCUUAGGUUAACAUCGAGGGCCUUCACAACAGCUCAUCAGGCAACAACUACCAGUGACUGUACGACCACUCAGUCAAAAACCACAGUCGGAUUCUUUACAACAGCUCAUAAGGCAACCAUAUCCAGUGCACCAACGACUACACAGCUGAGAUCAACCUCCAUUGUCUCCACAAAUGUUUGGCAGGCAACAACAUCCAGUGCAUCUACAACCCCUGAGCCAAGGACCACAUCCACUCAAAACACAACCCCAUCCAGUGGAUCUAUGAUCACUCAACCAAGGAGCAUGUCCACUCAAAAGACAACCAUAUUCAAUAUGCCUACAAUGACUCUGCUGAUGUUAACAUCCAGCUCCACCACAACAACUCAGCAGGCCCCAAAGUCCAAUGCAUCUAUAACCACUCAGCCAAAGACCACAUCCAGAUUCCCGACAACAGCUCAGCAGGCAACCACAUCCAGCACAUCCACGACCACUGAGCAGACAACCACAUCUACCAGAACUUGGGAGACCCAGGAGACAAUCGCAUCAGCAUCUACACAGCCACCAAGCACAUUCAACACAUCAUUGACCACUCAGCAGAGAACCAUCUUCACUGGUUCUAAGACCACCCAGCCAAGGACCACAUCCGGAUCCUCCACGUCCACUCAACAGACAACCACAUCCAGUGCAUCUGAGAUGACGCAGCUGAAGUCAGCAUCUAGCGUCUCCGCAACAGCUCAGCAGGCAACAACGUUGAGUGACUCUAUGACCACUCAGCCAACAAUCACAUCUAGAUUCCACCCAACAGCUCAGCAGGCAACCACAUCCACCAGAACUCCAAUGACUCAGGAGACAAUGACAUCAGCAUCUGCACCUGCACAGCGACCAAGCACAUCCAGCGAUUCCAAGGAUGACGACGAUGAUUCCAAGGAGGAAGGCGACGACGACUCCGAGGAGGACGGCGACGACGACUCCGAGGAGGACGGCGACGACGACUCCGAGGAGGACGGCGACGACGACUCCGAGGAGGACGGCGACGACGACUCCGAGGAGGACGGCGACGACGACUCCGAGGAGGACGGCGACGACGACUCCGAGGAGGACGGCGACGACGACUCCGAGGAGGACGGCGACGACGACUCCGAGGAGGCCGGCGACGACGACUCCGAGGAGGCCGGCGACGACGACUCCGAGGAGGACGGCGACGACGACUCCGAGGAGGCCGGCGACGACGACUCCGAGGAGGACGGCGACGACGACUCCGAGGAGGCCGGCGACGACGACUCCGAGGAGGACGGCGACGACGACUCUGAGGAUGAUGAUGAUUCCAGCUACGAUGAGGAUUCCACAACAACUCAGCAAGCAACAACUUCCAGUACAUCCAUGACCACUAAGCAGACAACCACACCCACCAGAACUCUAGUUACUGAAGAGACAACCACAUCUGCAUCUACACAGCCACCAAGCACAUCCAGCGUGUCAUUGACCACAAAACAGAGAACCACAUUCCAUGGAUCUAUGACCACAAUGACCAAAUCCAGAUCCUCCACAUCUGCAGAACAGACAGCCUUUGCCAGUGCAUCUUGGAUGACUCAGCCAAGGACCACAUCUGGAUCUUCGACAUCCCCUCAACAACCAACCACAUUCAGUGAAUCUACGACCACUAAACCAAGGACCAUGUCCACUCAAGAGACAACUACAUCCAAUGGAUCUACAACUAUGCAGCUGAGGUCAACAUCCAGUGCCUCCACAACAGCUCAGCAGGCAACAAGGUCCAGUGACUCUAUGACCCUUCAGUCAAAAACCACAUCUAGAUUCCCCACACCAGCUCAGCAGGCGACUACAUCCACCAGAACUCCAGUGACUCAGGAGACAAUGACAUCUGCAUCUGCACCUACACAGCGACCAAGCACAUCCAGCGAUUCCAAGGAUGACGACGAUGAUUCCAAGGAGGAUGACGAAGGCGAUUCCGAGGAGGAUGGCAACGAUGACUCCGAGGAGGAUGGCGACAACGACUCUGUGGAGGAUGGCGACGACGACUCCGUGGAGGAUGGCGACCCCAACUCUGAGGAGAAUGGCGACGAUGACUCCGUGGAGGACGGCUACGACGACUCUGAGGAUGAUGAUGAUUCCAGCUACGAUGAGGAUUCCACAACAACUCCUCAAGGAACAACUUCCAGUGCAUCCAUGACCACUAAGCAGACAACCACAUCCACUGGAACACUAGUUACGGAAGAGACAACCACAUCUGCAUCUACACAGCCACCAAGCACAUCCAGCGUGUCAUUGACCACAAAGCAGAGAACCACAUUCCAUGGAUCUAUGACCACAAUGACCACAUCCAGAUCCUCCACAUCUGCAGAACAGACAGCCUUUGCCAGUGCAUCUUGGAUGACUCAGCCAAGGACCACAUCUGGAUCUUCGACAUCCCCUCAACAACCAACCACAUUCAGUGAAUCUAUGACCACUAAACCAAGGACCAUGUCCACUCAAAAGACAACUACAUCCAUUGGAUCUACGACUACGCAGCUGAGGUCAACAUCCAGUGCCUCCCCAAUAGCUCGGCGGGCCCCCAAGUCCAAUGCAUCUAUAACCACUCAGCCAAAGACCACAUCCAGAUUCUCAACAACAGCUCAGCAGGCAACCACAUCCAACACAUCCACGACCACUGAGCAGACAACCACAUCUACCAGAACUUGGGAGACCCAGGAGACAAUUGCAUCAGCAUCUACACAGCCACCAAGCACAUUCAACACAUCAUUGACCACUCAGCAGAGAACCAUCUUCACUGGUUCUAAGACCACUCAGCCAAGGACCACAUCCGGAUCCUCCACGUCCACUCAACAGACAACCACAUCCAGUGCAUCUGAGAUGACGCAGCUGAAGUCAGCAUCUAGCGUCUCCACAACAGCUCAGCAGGCAAUAAUGUUGAGUGACUCUAUGACCACUCAGCCAACAAUCACAUCUAGAUUCCACCCAACAGCUCAGCAGGCAACCACAUCCACCAGAACUCCAAUGACUCAGGAGACAAUGACAUCAGCAUCUGCACCUGCACAGCGACCAAGCACAUCCAGCGAUUCCAAGGAUGACGACGACGAUUCCAAGGAGGAUGGCGACGACGACUCCGAGGAGGACGGCGACGACGACUCCGAGGAGGACGGCGACGACGACUCCGAGGAGGACGGCGACGACGACUCCGAGGAGGACGGCGACGACGACUCCGAGGAGGACGGCGACGACGACUCCGAGGAGGACGGCGACGACGACUCCGAGGAGCACGGCGACGACGACUCCGAGGAGGACGGCGACGACGACUCCGUGGAGGACGGCGACGACGACACCGAGGAGGACGGCGACGACGACGACGAGUCCGAGGAGAACGGCGACGACGAGUCCGAGGAGAACGGCGACGACGACUCUGUGGAGGACGGCGACGACGACUCUGAGGAUGAUGAUGAUUCCGGCUAUGAUGAGGACUCCACAACUCAGCAAGCAACAACUUCCAGUGCAUCCAUGACCACUAAGCAGACAACCACACCCACCAGAACUCUAGUUACUGAAGAGACAACCACAUCUGCAUCUACACAGCCACCAAGCACAUCCAGCGUGUCACUGACCGCAAAGCAGAGAACCACAUUCCAUGGAUCUAUGACCACUCAACCAAAGGACACAUACAGAAUCUCCACUUUCACUCAACCGACAACCAUAUCCAGUGCACCAAUGACUACACAGUUGAGAUCAACCUCCACUGUCUCCACAACAGCUCGGCAGACAACAAUGUCGAGUGACUCUAUGACCACUCAGCCAACAAUCACAUGUGGAUUCCACUCAACAGCUCAGCAGGCAACCACAUCCACCAAAACUCCAAUGACUCAGGAGAUGAAAUCUGCAUCUAUACGGCCACCAAGCACAUCCAGCGAUUCCAAGGACGAUGGUGACGACAAUUCCGAGAAGGAUGGCGACAAUGAUUCCAAGGAGGGUGGCAACGACGAUUCUGUAGAGCAUGGCGACGACGAUUCCGAGGAGGAUGGUGAUGACGAUUCUGUAGAGGAUGGCCACGACGACUCUGAGGAGGAUGGCGACGACGACUCUGAGGAUGGCGACGACGAUUCUGUAGAGGAUGGCGACGACGACUCUGAGGAGGAUGGUGACGACGACUCUGAGGAGGAUGGCAACGACAACUCCGAGGAGGAUGGCGACGAUGACUCCGUGGAGGAUGGCGAUGACGACUCUGAGGAUGAUGAUGAUUCCGGCUAUGAUGAGGACUCCACAACUCGGCAAGCAACAACUUCCAGUGCAUCUAUGACCACUAAGCAGACAACCACACCCACCAGAACUCUAGUUACUGAAGAGACAACCACAUCUGCAUCUACACAGCCACCAAGCACAUCCAGCGAUUCCAAGGACGAUGGUGACGACAAUUCUGAGAAGGAUGGCGACAAUGAUUCCAAGGAGGGUGGCAACGACGAUUCUGUAGAGCAUGGCGAUGACGAUUCCGAGGAGGAUGGUGAUGACGAUUCUGUAGAGGAUGGCCACGACGACUCUGAGGAGGAUGGCGACGACGACUCUGAGGAGGAUGGCGACGACGACUCUGAGGAGGAUGGCGACGACAACUCUGAGGAGGAUGGCGACGACAACUCCGAGGAGGAUGGCGACGACGACUCUGAGGAUGAUGAUGAUUCCGGCUAUGAUGAGGACUCCACAACAACUCGGCAAGCAACAACUUCCAGUGCAUCCAUGACCACUAAGCAGGCAACCACACCCACCAGAACUCUAGUUACGGAAGAGACAACCACAUCUGCAUCUACACAGCCACCAAGCACAUCCAACGUGUCAUUGACCACAAAGCAGAGAACCACAUUCCAUGGAUCUAUGACCACAAUGACCACAUCCAGAUCCUCCACAUCUGCAGAACAGACAGCCUUUGCCAGUGCAUCUUGGAUGACUCAGCCAAGGACCACAUCUGGAUCUUCGACAUCCCCUCAACAACCAACCACAUUCAGUGAAUCUAUGACCACUAAACCAAGGACCAUGUCCACUCAAAAGACAACUACAUCCAGUGGAUCUACGACUACGCAGCUGAGGUCAACAUCCAGUGCCUCCACAACAGCUCGGCAGCCAACAAUGUCCAGUGACUCUACGACCCCUCAGUCAAAAACCAGAUCUAGAUUCCCCACACCAGCUCAGCACGCGACUACAUCCACUAGAACUCCAAUGACUCAGGAGACAACGACAUCUGCAUCUGCACAGCAACCAAGCACAUCCAGUGAUUCCAAGGAGGAUGGUGACGAUGAUUCCGAGGAGGAUGACGACAAUGAUUCCGAGGAUGACGACGACGGCGAUUCCAAGGAGAAUGAGAAUGGAGAUUCCAAGGAGGAUGGCGACAGAGAUUCCGAGGAAGAUGACAACAACAAUGACGAUUCUGAGAAAGAUGACGAUUCCGAGGAUGAGGACAAUGAUGAUUCCGAGGAUGAGAAUGAUGACGAUUCCGAUGACGAUUCUGAGGACAAUUAUUCCAACUACGUUCAGAAUUCCGCAACAGCUCAGCAGGCAACAACUUCCACCGUAUCCACGACCACUAAGCAAACAACCACAUUCACCAGAACUCUGAUUACUCAAGAGACAACCACAUCUGCAUCUACACAGCCACCAAGCACACCCAGCGUGUCAUUGACCAUAAAGCAGAGAACCACAAUAACUGGAUCAAUGGCCACAAUGACCACAUCCAGAUCCUCCACUUGCACUGAACAGACAACCUUAUCCAGUGCAUCUCAGAUUCAGCCAAAGACCACAUCCAGGUCCUUGACUUCCCCUCAACAGACAACCACAUCUAGUGCACCUAUGAUUACGCAGCUGAGGUCAACAUCCAGUGCCUCCACAACAGCUUGGCAGGCAACAUUGUCCAGUGAUUCCAUGACCACUCAGUCAAAGACCACAUCCAGAUUCCUCACAACAGCUCAGCAGGCAACCACAUCCAGCGCAUCAACGACCACUAAGCAGACAUCCACAUCGACCAGAACUCCAAUGACUCAGGAGGCGACGUCUGCAUCUACACAGCGGCCAAGUGCAUCCAGCGAUUCCGACGAGGAUGGUGAUGACAAUUCCGAGGAGGAUGGCGAUAACGAUUUUGAUGAGGAUGGCAACACCGAUUUCGAGGAGGAUGAUAACGAUUCUCAGGGGGUGGCAACAGCGGUUCCAAGGAGGAUGAUGAUGAUUCCGAGGAUGACGAGGAUUCCAAGGAUGAUGACAACAAUGGCGAUACCGAGGAGGAUGACAAUGGUGAUUCCGAGGAUGAUGACAAUUCUGAGGACGGUGAUGAUUCCGAGGACGAUGAUUCCAACUACAGCGAGAAUUCCACAAAAGCUCAGCAAGCAACUUCCAGCACAUCCACGACCAAUAAGCAGACAACCACAUCCACCAGAACUCCGAUUACUCAAGAGACAACCACAUCCGGAUGAUGAUGAAGAUUCCAAGAAGGAUGCACGAUUCUGGGGAUGAC